ACCCGUUUGAUGAAAAUUAGGGCCUGUAGGUGGUAGAGUACUAGAGGUAAUAUAUAUAAGGGCGGGGCAGAGACGAAAGGGGAGAGAUUGAUAGCAAAGAAAUUGCAAAAAGAUUAAAGCGCAGAGCUCAAAAUUUGCUUUCUGGUAUGCAAAAGUGAAUUUGGCUGAAUUGGACUGCAGCUAUUGUAUUGGAAGAGCGGAAGGGUUGAGAUAUAUAGAUGGCAGACGGUGCAGAAGUUGAGGACCGUGUGGAUUUUGAUGACGACAAUUAUGAAGAGAUGGAUGAUGAUGUUGAGGAACAGUUGGAGGAUGAAGGAGGUGAUGAUGUACAGGAUGAACAAGACGAUUUGAAAAGUCAAAAUUCUGGGAAGGAGUCCCCUGAAGAUGACAAAAGCCGUUCAAGCAACAAUGCGAAUGAAUCUAUUGAAGAUGAAGAAAAGCCUUCUGCACCUGUGGAUGAUGAGGACACGCAAAAGCAUGUGGAACUUCUUGCUCUUCCUCCUCAUGGUUCUGAGGUUUUUAUUGGUGCUCUUCCCAGAGAUAUUACGGAAGAAGACUUGCGAGAUCUUUGCGAUUCUGUGGGUGAUAUCGUUGAGAUAAGGUUGAUGAAAAAUAAAGACACUGGUGAAAGUAAAGGUUUUGCUUUUGUGUCAUUCAAGACAAAGGAUGUUGCCCAGAAGGCAAUUGAACAGUUGCAUAGUAAAGAGUAUAAGGGUAGAACUUUGAGGUGCUCUCUGUCUGAAACUAAAUACAGACUGUUUAUUGGCAAUGUUCCAAAGAACUUGACUGAUGAUGAGUUUAAAAAAUUAAUUGAUGAGGUUGGGCCAGGGGCAGAGCACAUUGAGCUUAUCAAGGAUCCUCAAGUUCCAAGCCGUAAUAGAGGUUUUGCUUUUGUUGAGUAUUUCAACAAUUCAUGUGCUGAUUAUUCGAGACAGAAAAUGUCAAGUGCUGAUUUUAAACUGGAAGGAAACACUCCAACAGUAACUUGGGCUGAUCCCAAGAGUACACCUGAUCAUUCUUCUUCUGCUCAGGUCAAGGCUCUUUAUGUGAAGAACAUACCUGAGAACACACCAUCUGAGCAAUUAAAGGAACUCUUUGAGCGCCAUGGUGAAGUUAAAAAAGUUGUCAUGCCUCCUUCCAAAAGUGGCGGCAAAGGAGAUUUUGGGUUUAUUCAUUUUGCAGAAAGGUCAAGUGCAUUGAAAGCUGUCAACGAUGCAGAGAAAUAUGAAAUUAAUGGUCAGGUGUUGGAAGUGGUCCUUGCAAAGCCCCAAAGUGAUAGGAAGCCUGACGGUGCAAAUAUCCACAAUUCUGGGCUCGUUCCAAAUUAUAUUCCCAGCCCUGGGUAUGGUGGCUUCCCUGGUAACCCAUAUGCUGCUCCUGUCGGGGCAGGAUAUGGUGUUGCGGCAGGAUAUCAGCAGCCUAUGAUUUACGGGAGGGGGCCAAUGCCAGCAGGAAUGCAGAUGGUGCCAAUGGUUCUACCAGAUGGCCGGAUUGGCUAUGUUCUUCAGCAGCCUGGUGUACAGAUGCCACAAAUGCCGGCCCGGAGAAAUGACCGGACCAAUGGAACAGGUGGACCUCAAGGGCGAGGACGACCUGGUGGUGCCAAUGAUGCUGCCAAUCGGGGUCGACGAUAUCGUCCCUAUUAGGUCGACGAUAUCGUCCCUAUUAGUUGAAAACGAAAGUAACAUGUACCUGGAGAGCUACAAACUACUGAUGGAAAACUUAUAAUCGUGUCUUGUGUAAGCUUUCCCUUUAUCUUUUAAAAUGUUAGCAUAGGACCAUGGUAGUGAGGAGUUUAUAAAUUAUUCUCCAUCCCAGUACUGUGGAGGGAUGGCCUUUUAGUUGCUUCUUUAUCUUUUAUUAUUACAAUAAAGAUUUUCUUGCAUUGUC